AACGUAAGUAAUUCAUUUAAAUCUGCAUGUGAAUCAUUUAUGCUUGAAUAUAAAUAGAUAAAAACUAAUUAACCCUACAGUUUCCUUCAUGAAGGGGAUCUGUGCUUCUUUGUGGGGAUAGUCCCCUAUUUUCAGAUAUUGUGAAAUAAGGUAAUUUAUUGGGAUUAUAGUUUCUAUGCUAGUGGCACGGUGGUCCAGUAGGCGGCGCUGUUACUUAACACCUCCAUGUUUAGGGGUUUGAAUCUGGCUUCUGCUCUGUGUGUGUGGAGUUUGCAUGUUCUCCAUGUGCUGUGUGGGUUUCCUCCCGCAGUCCAAAGACAUGAAGUCAGGCUAAAUGGCGUCUCUAAUAGAGAGUGUGUGUCUAUGUACCCUAUGACUGACUGGCAUCCUGUCCAGGAUGUACUCCAUCCCUGUGCCCUGUCCUACCUGGGAUAGGCUCCAGGCCCCACAUCCCUGACCAGGAGAAAGGGGUAGAAGAUAGAUGGGUGGAUGGCUGUAGUUUUAUGUGUCUAUGAAUGUAUUGGAAUAUUGACUUACACAUCAGCCUUAAUUCUUAGAGAGACAUCCUGUAAUUCAGCUCUGAUAUCCUCAUCAGAUACUAAUACUGUCAUGACCUGCUUGUCGGCUCCUCAUGUGUGCCACGCCCCCUGCUUACCCACGUGUUCUUUACCGAUCGUACCCAGCUGUGUCUGAUUAUUUUCAAUCAGUCCUGUGUAUUUCAGUCCGUGUCUUACCUGAGUCCUUUGUCUGUCAUUGUUGUUAGCUGUAGUAUUGGUGAUGGUUACCUGCCUGUUUGCCUGCUUCGUACCAGCUAACCCGCACGAUCACCUGCCUGCACCACCCCGAUCGUGACAGAAUGACAGACCGUAAGAAAAGGAGGAAGCAGAGGAGAAGGAAGCACCUGGAGGAGCUGAUCAGUCUGGGCGCCUGCUCCCUCGCCAACCCCUGGCCUCUCGCGGAGGGCGAGAGAGAGGAGCUCGUCCUGGGCUCUGACCCAGAACCGCUCUAUCUGGGAGCCUACUCCCUAGCGAGGCUCUGGGCUCCCAGCGACGACGACGAGGAGGAUGAGCCCUUCACGUUCCCUGUGCUGGAGCCUAUCCCCCCGGAGCAGCUACCGCCCCUGGACCGGUACAGUUACCGGCCCGAACGACUGGCAAAUUGGGGAGGUUUUAGGGCUGUAAGGGACUCGAUCCCCCGAGUGCCCCGGGUCCCGAAGAGGAUCGCACCCGUCUCCCCCUCCCAGGACUUGCCAGUUCUGCCUGCGCUGUCAGCGCAGCUCCCGCCUCUGCAACCUGCGCAGCCGGAGCAGCCAUCACCGCUGUCCGCUACGUCUGCGCAGCUUCCUCCACCUGCGGCUUGCCAGUCCGAGCAGCCGCCGCUGCCUGCGGACCCCGAUCCCGUGCAGCCGCCGCUGCCUGCGGAGACCACGCCCACACCCACGCCCAAGGCGCCCUCUCUGCCGCUCCUACAGCCUGCAGCUCUUGGGCAGGCGCCCCCCCUGCAGCAACCUGCAGCUCCCGGGCAGGCGCCCCCCCUGCAGCAACCUGCAGCUCCCGGGCAGGCGCCCCUUCCACUGCCUGCCCUAGUGACUUUGCCCCCAGUGACUCCUCUGUCCUCGCCCCGUCAUCCUUGACCCCGAUC